CAGCAACAAUGCCACCUUCUACCGCUACGUAGAAUUACGUACAGGUGUAUGUAAGUAGGCUAAUUUCCAUUAACAGGCUAAUCAAAUAAAUUGCAAGCCACACUCAAACACUGCAAUGUUCCGGUGAAUUCUAACGGGCCGUUGGUAAGCACGCAGCGACAUGAAGCGAAGCUUAUGAAUGCUUAGCCUACUACACAUGCCUUUUUAAUUUCAUCUUGUCUCGCAACAUAGCCUACGUUGGAGGAAAGGCAACGCUAUGGACUGCCAAUCUGAUGACUGAGGUAUUAUUCCCACUACCGUUACAUGUGGAGCAGGUGUAUCAUGCUUUAUAGCUGUAUGAAAAAAACUUGUCUAGUUUAUUCCGCUAUAAUUGUUGAACAAAGUUAUUUUAGAACAAUUGUUGCUGAGUAACCUAGACAUGUGGCAACACAUUUUGAGCAGUAGCCUAAUAUAGAAUGCAGUUGCAGCAGAGGCAUAGGCUAUAGACAUGCUUGCUAAAAUUCAGAUAGCAUAUAAAGGGUUCAGCCCACCUAAAAUGCACAGGGCCAAAGUACUGUAAUUGCUGUGAUUCUACAUUCCCCUAGAUGGCGCUGCUUCAUGUUGGUUUGCUGGGCCACUUUAUGUUGCGUAGCUAAAAAAGAUCAAAAAACUAUUUUUUUCCUUUUCCCCUCUCAUCAAGUGAAUCGUUCGAUGAAGACAGAGUGAGAUAAAUAUAGUGAAACGGACCACUUAACACACGGGAGAAAUCAUUUCCAAUAUUGGUAUUAGCUAGUAAAAGUGGUAAGAAGCUUUAGUUAUUGUGAACUGCCGAUUACACCUUUUUUUUUCCUUUGGAAAAAAGUUUAAGAAUCACCGGUGAGUAAAACAGAAGGGAAACUAUUUGCUAGCAUGCUACCUUAAGUUGAUUAAAAAUAAAAAGAUAAGCUAUUCUAAUAAUUCUAAACUAUGUGCAUUUGAUGUUACUUUGCUAAUCCUGUUAUGUCCUUUGAUAAUUAAAAAAAAAACAGUCGGAGAUGAUUGAUAUGGUUAUCUUUGCUAAUUUACCGCUGCAAUUUGGAACACCAUCUUGUUGCAUACAUGUGCGUUGUUAAUGAUGAGAUGGCGUAACGUGAAUUCAUGUAUGUUUACUCAGCUACGAGGUUACUCUAACGGGCUAAUGUUUGGAGGCUUAAUGCCAGCGUAAAGAAUGUUUGCAACGCCUUUUGCCGUCCUAUUCGUGGCUAUAUGAUUUUAAUGAGUUCAGUAACUUUCUAGAUUAGACAUGCUUAAACCUGUAAAAUGUAGCACUUUGCACUAUUCACGUGUAUAUUUACUGACUUUGUCUUAAGUCAUAUUUGAGGUGGUAUGUUAGACAGUGCAUUAUGCUCAUGUUUAAACUGAGUGAUAUAGAAUUGAAUUUGAGUUACAGUGAUUUUGAAUGUGUUAGUGACAAAGCCAUGUGCAGCUACUAAUUAGAUGUUUUGCAUUGCUGUAUGCAGAUUGUUAUUUUUGUUGUGCAUAUUCUGCCACUGUUGAGAGAGAGAGAGCGAGAGAGAUUUUCUACAGCGAGCCAGUGAUUCAGCGAUUCAGCAAUUCUGGAGUGUGACCGUAACCAGUGGCCAUCAACCCUCCAGUGCACGCUUUUGGAUACAUCAUACAGAUACGAUUUAUGAGAUCUCCAACGUUAUCACAAUCUGCCCGGGUAGUGAUUUAAAACAAGGCCUUUUAUUCAACAAACCACACAGGAUUUGAACUGAAACGCAACUGAGUUGAACAUUGAACUAAUUGACUGGACAGAUUUUUCUUUUAAACUGACUGACUGUUUCGGGGGAAUUUCUGAUUGUUGUUGUUUUUUCUGUGGGAUUCACAAUCCUUGUGGAAUGUUAAAAUAAAUGUUUUGAUACUGCUUUUGCUAUUCAAACAGCGGUCGUAGCCAAUUCACUUCAAGAGCCGAACCAAAUUCUGAUUCCUCGUGCUUAAAUAUCAUUAACAGGUUAUUGUGACAAUCUCAUCGAUGCUUUAAGAUACGUUAGUUACAAGGGGUGAUCACUAUACACAUAGAUCCAGCUGCAGGGAGCAGCAACGUUUCGCCGAUGUUAUGGGGUUUGCCUGUCUUCGCUAUACGUAGCACGACACAAUAAGAUGCUUCUGUAGCCUUCAUGUUAAUAGUGCCAAACGACUGUAUUAUGCUUUUUUUGCUUCCUUUAAAAAAAACUCAACCGGCUUGUUCACUUAACUUGUGUGGUUAGCUUCAAUGUGACGCAGAAGUUUGCAUGGUCUCAUGCUAUCAUUUGCUAGCACCUCCUUGCAGACCACACACUGCGGCAGAAGAGCAGCCUCGGACCCCGACCAGGUGAAACCUAACUUUAAGUACUCAGGAUCAUAUUUCAUACAUUUUUUGCUGGGUCCUGUCUCCUCCCGUAAUGCUGUGUUAGGAAACGACGCAUUUUAAAGCUAAUACACGCACGCACAAUUAACGAUAUCAAUAGAGAUGCAUACAGAUUUGUACAGAUGUGGACCGUUAUGUUUUCUUCAUGUAUUGAAAACCGCUGAUUUAGAGUACUUUACCUGGGGUCCACAAGAGUUGCGACACUGAGAGCAGUAAUUUUUUCAACAAUGGCAAACUUAUCAUUCAGAGUACUUUGCACAUUACUGGCCAGUUUCUGCGCCAAGUGGUUUGCCAUUGUUGUACAAAGUCUGCUGGUACGAUGUCUUAACAUCUUAACCAUGGGAAUGACUUUGGAGCCAGACACUCGUUUUUCUUCAGACAAUUCGACAGCGGCUGGAUUGAAUGGCUUCAGAAUAGAGCCCUGCACGGGCCAAAAACUCCAGCCCUAACCCGGUGUUCUGACGGAACACCAUACCCAUCAGAAUGGGAUACCUUCGGUUAAUGCGCAUGCGCAGCAGUGAAAUUUGUGGAAUUGCGCAUGCGUUAAAUUCAAACCAUCAUUUCAGCAUACCUAAGAUUACAAGCGGUAAGUGUUGGUGUAUUCGGUAAGUGUUGGUGUAUUAUAUCGAAUAUUACAUAGACAUUACCUAAUUGCAUGCCUUGUACAAUCACAAGAGACGUUUUCAAUAUAUUAUUUUUAGCAAGUGUAGUCGUAAAGUUGCGUAAUGUCCUGUUAAAACGUUAAAUCUGUUGUUAACUCGAGGUUCAGAUUACAAGCGGUAAGUGUUGGUGUAUUAUAUCGAAUAUUAUAUACACAUUACCUAAUUGCGUGCCUUGUACAAUCACAAGAGACGUUUUCAAUAUAUUAUUUUUAGCAAGUGGAGUUGUAAAGUCGCGUAAUGUCCUGUUAAAACGUUAAAUCUGGUGUUAACUCGAGGUUCUAGCGUUUGGCGCCAUCUGACCGAGAUUAAACACAUCGACUAAUGUUUUGCUUUUAAAUGAUUAAUGCUUAUUUUUCUGCAUCUGUAGUUUAACCAUGGAAAAUAAGUGGGAGGACAUUUUCAUUUACCUUUUAAAGGGUUCAUACCCUGCAGAGUUAAAUAAAGGGCAGAAGCAAAGCCUAAGGAAAUACUCCUCGAAAUUCAGGAUUCACGAUGGAGAACUACUAUUUGGCAGUCACAGAAGAGUCAUAAAGACAAAGGAGUAGGUUAUGAAUUUAUUUAAAGAAUUCCAUGCCUCACCUAUUGGAGGACAUACAGGAACCUUAAAAACACAAGCUGCCAUGUGUUCACGGUUCUACUGGUAUGGCAUGACAGUGGACAUUGACAAAUGGAUAUCUGUAUGUGACCAAUGUCAACAUUUGGGACCAUCCCUGAAUGCAGUUCAAACUCUGGACUGCAUCAAGGUAUCUGCUGUUUGGGAGCUCAUCGGAAUUGAUCUCACUGGCCCACUCCAAAAAACAUCUACUGGGUAUCAGUAUAUAUUGACAGUCACUGACUAUUUUUCCAAGUGGGUGGAGGCCUUUCCUCAAAAGACAAAGUCUGCAUUGGAAGUAGCCAAAGACCUUUGUACAGUCAUUUAUAGACAUGGCUGCCCUAAGCGCAUACUGUCAGACCAAGGACGGGAGUUUUUCAAUCAAAUCAACAGCACACUUUGUGAGCUGCUCUCUAUUGAGAGGAGUGUUACGGCUGCUUACCAUCCCCAAACAAAUGGGCUUGAUGAGAAAACCAAUGAUAACAUCAAACGUCCAAAAACUUUGGUCUUCUAAAGAUACAGGACAAGUGGAAGCAGUCGUGGGACCAUACAAAAUUUAUGAUGCCUCUUUAAGAACACUAUCGGGACACGGCUGGCUUUCAGAUGAGAUCAUUGAUGCAUACCUGCACUGCAUUAUGAAAUUAGCCAAGAUACCUGUGCAUUGUUUGGACGCUGUACUUGGGUCCUCUGUCUUUCAUCAUGGCCGUUUCAGAGUUGUUCAAAAGAUGAAGUUACCCACAGCCUCAACUUGGAUUUGUCCUGUAAACGUUGGAGGUCACUGGAUUUUAGUGAUUGUCAAAAUGGAUGAAAAAUCCCUCCUUGUGAUAGACCACCUCGAAAUUUUUGGAAGACAAGAAGUCAGUGAAGGCCCGUGGACGAUCCAAACUGCAAAACACAAUCUGCAGCAGGACGGCUCUAGUUGUGGAGUCUUAAUUUUGAUGAGCUCAUUCUCCAAGGUAGAAGUAUCUGCGUUGCUCAAACAGACACAGAGGAGGUCUCAGCCGCAAGAGUCAAAAUUGCAGUUUACUCUUCUGGAAUGCAAAGAUGGUGUGGAAGAUCUCUGUGUUUCCUGCAACAUGUUGCAGUUUGAUGCUGAGGAGGAUUUCACAGAGAUGGUGCAGUGUGACAUAUGCUUAAGAUGGACGCACAAGGAGUGUACCUCUGCAACCCUUGCCUCAGAGCAUUUCAAGUGUGUUAAGUGUGUGUUAAAUGCAUAAUGUUUGCUUCAAA